AUGAAGGUGAUCAUCCUCUCUCUUCUCUACUGGCAUCUUUGCCAAUCCAGCACGGCCCAGACGCCCGUCCCAGGGCCACUGCCAGGCCAGCCAACCCAGGCAGAGCUUUCUGGAAUCAGACAGGCUUUCGUCCGCGAUGGAAUUGUGCCAGAUGUCCUGGCGGACUUCGAUCCACAGAUGGUGAUGUCAGUUGCCUAUCCAUCGGGGACUCUUCCGUCUGAGACAGUCAUCCAACCGGGCCAAAGUAUUCCUGAAAAGCUCGGUCUCCAGCAGCCUCAAGUGUUUCUGAGUAUCCCUCAAGCCGGCAGCGGUCAAUUCAACCUCACCCACCCAAGCACCUCGGAAUUCACGCUGCUGAUCGUUGAUCCCGAUGCACCUAGCCGGAAGAACCCAAGUUCUCGAGCGUUUCUGCACUUGUUGGCCACCAAAGUCCGAAUGAUUCCAGACAGCGUUAUAUCAUGGAGAUAUAAGCUCGAGAUGUCCGCCGAGGUUGUUGUGCCAUACAUGCCGCCCCAGCCGCCGGCCGGGACUGGGCCCCAUCGCUACGUUUUCCUGCUCUGUCCCGGCCUGCCUGCGCAUGCAUCCACCGCUCCUCUCCAACGGCCCACCACCUCUCGGGCCGGCUUCAAUACUCAAGAAUUCAUCUCCCAGUCUGGCCUCCACCAACCCAUUGCCGGAACAUUCGUUCAGAUACAACACACCGACGACGAUUCUUGA